GCCCCCUCAACCCAACCCCGGAAUUAUCCUUCUCUGGGCGGUCAGUUUCAGGGACGGGCUAAUUUCACUACUAGAAAGACGUAACACAGGAACAACAGAGGAAUAACAGAGGAAUAACAAAGUACGGCUAUCUCCGCCCUAGUCAGCUUUCGAUUUUGAUAAAUAGCGACGAAGUAGAGCACAGUCGCAUUCAUCUCGUUCAAUCAUAACCAUGGCAGCCCAGGAUUUUAAUAUUUUACUGGCGACAGAUUCAUACAAGAUCACACACUACAAGCAGUACCCUCCCAAUGUCAGCAAGGUCUACUCCUACUUUGAGUGCCGCCGCAAAAAGGGGGGCACCCAGUUCAGUGAGAUUGUGUUUUUUGGCCUUCAGUACCUCCUGAAGAAGUAUCUUUCAGGACAAGUCAUCACUGAAGAGAAGAUUCAGGAAGCCAAAGUCUUUUACCAGAUGCACUUUAGACAGACUGUGUUUGAUGAGGAAGGCUGGAGGAAAGUGCUGGAGAAGUAUGAUGGCCGUCUCCCAAUUCGAAUCAAAGCGGUUCCUGAGGGGAAGAUCAUUCCCAGAGGAAACGUCCUCUUCACAGUGGAAAACACAGACCCAGAUUUCUUCUGGCUCACCAACUAUAUUGAGACCAUGCUGGUCCAGAUGUGGUAUCCCAUUAGUGUGGCGACCAUCUCCCGGGAGUUUAAGAAGAUCCUGGCCAAGCACCUGAAGGCCACAUCAGGCAGUCUGGAGGGCCUGGACUUCAAACUGCAUGACUUUGGCUACAGAGGGGUUUCCUCGCAGGAGUCUGCGGCAUUAGGCGGGGCGGCCCACCUGGUGAAUUUCUGCAGUACAGACACUGUAGCAGGGCUACUGAUGGCCCAGCGAUACUACGGCUGUCCCAUGGCAGGCUUCUCUAUGCCUGCAGCAGAGCAUAGUACGAUCAUCUCGUGGGGGCGGAGCAGGGAGAAGGAGGCCUUCGAGAGCAUGCUGGACCAGUUCCCGACAGGGCCGGUGUCAGUGGUCAGUGACAGCUACGACAUCUUCAAGGCUUGUAGAAACAUCUGGGGGGACAAGCUGAAGGAGCGCGUGAUAGAGCGGAGCGAAGACUCCUGCUUGAUCAUCCGGCCUGACUCGGGAGACCCCGCUGAGACCCUCAUCGAGGUGAUAAAGAUUUUGGAGGAGUGCUUUGGUUGCUCUCUGAACUCUCAAGGCUUCAAGGUGCUGCCAUCUUACCUGCGUAUCAUCCAGGGCGACGGCAUUGAUCUAAACUCAGUGGAUGAGAUCCUGGAGAAGUUGAGUGACGAAGGCUGGAGUGCUGAGAACGUGUUCUUUGGCUGUGGGAGCGCCCUCCUUCAGAAGCUCAACAGAGACACACUCAACUGUGCCUUCAAAUGCAGCUAUGUGGAGAUCAAUGGGAAGGGGAUGGAUGUGUACAAGCAGCCUGUGACCGACCCGUCCAAGGGGUCAAAGAGAGGUCUUCUGUCACUUAGGAGAAACUCUGAUGACUACAUUGAGACUGUGGAGCGAGGGGUGGGCAAGCCACAGGAGGACAUGCUGGUGAUUGUGUUUGAGAAUGGCUCCAUCGUGCAGGAGUACACUCUGGAGGAGAUCCGGAAGAAUGCUCGGCUCCAAGAAGACUAUAUCGCCCCUUCCCAACACAACCAGGACGAGCCCAAGAGCCUGGAGCUACACCAAAAACACAUAAUGAACGGGGUGCAUUAAGCAACCAACACACCCACCUGUAAAGCAAUGCACUAACUGUCUGAAAACUGGAGGCAUAACGUAUAAUGAACUGGGUUUACUCAUUGCCAGAAGGCCUACUACAGUUCACCAUUAGAGGAGUGCUCUGAUUGUCAGCGGACAUAAGAAUGGUGUUAUUGGAGCUGCACCAUAAGCAAACUGUUUUUUUGGGGAUGCAGUAAUCUUCAGCACA